UCCCGCCAGCGUAGCGCUGCACGACCAAAGGCAAGUGGGCGGCAGACUGCCUUCACUCUCACUCCCGCCCGUGUCCCUCGCCCUGUCCGCGCUGCGGUGCGCCCUCCCUGCGCCGCUGUUAAUGGAAACGGCGCGGCGUUUCCUUCCCACCACCUCCUCCUCCUCCUCCUGCACGGCCUCUUCUUCGCUACGAUUCGCCGCUUCUCCGCUCUUCUUCUCCUUCCCCUGCAGAUAAAGCGGCUGGUUGCCCUGGAAGCCUUGCGGUGGAGACGGUCUCGGUCUCGGAUCCAGGGGAGACACGCGGAUUUGCUGCCAUGGUGAGGUGGGGCGAGAUGGUGGAGGAGGAAGAGGACGACGAGUACGCUAAGCUGGUCAGGAGGAUGAAUCCACCGAGAGUGGUCAUCGACAACGACUCGUGUGGCAACGCAACUGUCAUCCGGGUUGAUAGGGUCAAUAAGCAUGGCAUUUUACUGGAAGCAGUUCAGGUCCUUGUCGAUCUCAACCUCGUCAUCACCAAGGCUUACAUUUCUUCAGACGGCAACUGGUUCAUGCAUGUGUUCAAUGUGACCGAUCAGGACGGGAGUAAGCUUCAUAACAGGGAGGUCAUUGACCAUAUUCAGAAAGUAAGCAUGCUAUAUUUAUUGCUAAUCUCCGAUGUUUCUACAAGACGCCUUACACAGUUACACCUUGUGGCCUUUCAACAACAGUGCCUGGAAUCAGACGGCUACCUUGUUCCUCCGGCGAACGGUUAUGCGCUGCCGGAAGACCAGUUCACCUCCAUUGAGCUGACGGGCGCGGACCGCCCGGGCCUCCUCUCAGAGGUGUGCGCCGUGCUCGCCACCCUGAGCUGCAACAUCGUGAAGGCCGAGGUGUGGACGCACGACGGGCGCACCGCCGCCGUGAUCCAGGUCACCGACGAGGCCACCGGGCGCGCCGUCCACGACGCGGGCCGGCUGUCCAGGGUGCAGGAGCUUCUCCGCGACGUGAUGCGGGGCGACGGCACGUGCAACCGCGGCGGCACGGGAAUUUCCGCGGAGAGGCGCCUGCAUACGCUGAUGCUGGACAGCGUCGGCGGCGGCGGUGCCGAGGAGGCUGGUGGCGGCCGUGACGAGAGCGGUGGAUGUGGCGUGGCGAGGCCCAAGGUCGUGGUGAUGGACUGCGCGGAGAGGCGGUACACGGUGGUGAUCCUGCGGUGCAGGGACCGGCCGAAGCUGCUGUUCGACACGCUGUGCGCGCUCGCCGACCUGCAGUACGUCGUGUUCCACGGCACGGUCGACGCCGAGGGAGCCAGCAAGGACAAGGAGGCCUACCAAGAGUACUACAUCCGGCACGUCGACGGCCACCCGGUGCGCUCCGACGCCGAGCGGGCCCGCCUCGUCCGGUGCCUAGAGGCCGCCGUCGAGAGGCGCGCGUCCAACGGGCUGGAGCUAGAGGUGUGGACGGAGGACAGGGUGGGGCUGCUGUCGGAGAUCACGCGCGUGUUCCGGGAGAACAGCCUCUCCAUCAUCCGGGCGGCGAUCACGACCAGGGACGGCAAGGCCGAGGACACGUUCUACGUGUCGGACGCGUACGGCAACCCCGUCGACGGCAGGACCAUGGACGCGGUGGGGGAGCAGCUCGGGCACGCCGUGCUGAGGGUGAAGCGCGGCGGCCACGACGCGCCCGUCAAGCACGAGGCCGAGGGCGGCGCGGUGUCCGUCCUUGGCAGCCUGCUCAAGAGCUCGUUCCAGGGCCUGAGACUCAUCAGAUCCUACUCGUAAACCGUAAUCGAAGAACAUAAUAAAGCCCUGGGCCUUGUACAUAUAUAAAAUCUCACGUAGGUUAGGAAAUAGUGAAGCAGCAUUGUAAAUAUCAUAUCAGUCGCAUGGUAAAUAUCAUACCGUUACAAGUGCAUAAAUCUCAUUACAUUACAGCA